UUUUGGUAAAUUGAAUUCAAUCAAUCGACAUCAACAAAUUUUUGUUCAUCAUCAUCAUCAUCAUCAUCAACAUUGAGUUUAAAUCUACAAAGAAGGACAAAUCAAAAGACAACAAAAUGAUUUCCAUACAUUAUUCAACAAUGAUGACAAAUCUAGACCAUUAUUAUGGUCAUUAUAAUUUUAUCAACAAAAUAAUCAUUGGAUUAAUAUUCCUUCAGGCCAUCAUUACUGUAUCAAAUUCAAUGAACAUUCAUGAUUCAACAAUAGUAAUGCCAACAACAACAACAAUAACGACGAAUCUACGUCAUCCAAUGGAUAGAAUGCCAAUCAAGGAAACACAAUCACCAUCAUCAUCCAUCAUCGAUGAUCAUCAUAAUAGUGAUAAUACAAAUAUAAUUGGUGAUAAUGAUCAAGAUGAAAAUAAUAAUCAUCCUACAAUAACAACAACAACAAAUAGAAUAUUAAAUAGACGUUUACAAAAUUGUUGGACAAAUCUAUCAAGAGCCAUUGGGCUUGUAUGCUCAAAUUCAUCAUCAUCAUCUUCAAAAUUUAUGAAAUUGUUAAAAGAAAAUUAUUUUGGCAUUCUACAAAAACGUAAACAUCCAUCAUUAUCCAUUGAAAAACAACAAAUAUUGAUUGAUUGCUGUAUAAAACCUUGUUCAAUUGAUCGUAUACGUACAUUAUGUUAAAAAAAACAAUUCAACAAUUGAUUGAUUGCUGCCCAUAUUGAUGAUCCAAAAUGGAAUUUCUUUUGUGUAAAAAAAAACUCGCACACACACAUUCACAAUUUUCUCAAUACCUCAACCAUCGUUUCAUCUAUCUAUCUAAGGAUCCAUCAAAUUCAUUCAUUAUAUAUUAAUGAUGAUGGAGACGCGUUAAUAUA